UUUUUUUUAAAUUUUUUUUUUUUAAAUUCUGUAAACAAAUGGCGAUUUCAGUGAAGAUUUGACCAUAAAGGUUGACGAAAAAGAGACUCAUUCUCUUUGUUCUUUUGCCUUGUUCAUGUUCUUGGGCUUUUGCUUAGUGAGCAAGGUUUUUUUUGGUCACUCUUGGGUGUGAACAUUCACUCUCUUUUUGUGUGAAGCAGCAAAACUGCUGCGAAAUUCGCUUUGUUCGUAUGGCUAAGACUGUACAGUUGUCUGGAUUCCCUGGUAGUGUAUCUGCAGAUACUGUUAAGGAAUUUUUGGAGCGAUAUACAGGGGAAGGAACUGUUUAUGCUAUUAAGGUCCGCCAACACAGGAAUCAGGCUUCAAAAUCUUAUGCUACUGUUCAAUUCACUUCGGCCAAAGAUGUUGAAUCUAUUAUUUUCUUGCCAAGACAACGCCUAAGGUAUGGAUGGUUCUAUAUCAAGGCUCGAGUAAUGGAAGUUGAUAUCGUACCAAAGCCAAGAACCAUUUUGCAUAGGUUGCAAAACAUUACACUGUAUUUUGGCUGUCAGGUCUCAAGGGAAAAGUUUUCUGUUCUGUGGAAAGAGGUGAAUGUUUCUGUAGAGUUUGGGAAUGGACUACGGCAACUACAUUUUUAUUUCAAACACCAGCACAUUGAAUAUAAGCUUCAGCUUUCCUAUGAGAACUUAUGGCAGAUUCAACUACAGCGUCCUCGUCGUGAAGCUGUUAAAUAUCUUUUGAUUCAGUUGCUUGGUGCCCCCCGAAUUUAUAAGAAGGAUGUAUGCUCUUCCAGCAACGUUUAUGAAGGCCCUUUCUCUAACUUUUUCAAGGAUACCCUUGAUGAUCAAUGGGUUCGGGCAAUCGAUUUCACUCCAUCAUGCUGUAUUGGUCAGUCUUCAUCGCUAUGUUUGGAGCUUCCUAGUGGUCCCCAACUUCCAAAUUUUCGCGAAAACUUUGCUUAUUACAAAGAGAAUGGAGGGAGAUUUAGCUUAGAGCCUGGUUCCUCCUUUUCUUGCAGCCUGGAUCUAGUUCCCAUUGUUGGUCCUCCUUUAGGUGUUGAUUUACCAUAUGGUAUCUUAUUUAAAAUUAACUCACUGCUCCAGCACGGGUGUCUUACAGGGCCAACACUGGAUGUUGAUUUUUAUAGGAUGGUUGAUCCACGUAGAAAUAAUAUUGCAUGUAUAGAAGAUGCCCUGGAUAAACUAUAUAAUUUGAAAGAAUGCUGCUAUGAACCUUCAACCUGGCUUAAUGAGCAAUACAGAAAGAACAAGACAUCAAAAAGAAAUCCAAAAUCAUCAGCAAUGUCCUUGGAUGAUGGGUUGGUAUAUGUGCGCAGGGUCCAAAUAACUCCAUGUAAAGUCUAUUUUUAUGGUCCAGAGAAAAAUAUCUCAAAUCGUGUGUUACGCAAUUAUCCCAAUGAUAUUGAGAACUUUCUUCGUGUUUCAUUUGUUGAUGAGGAGCUUGAUAAAAUGUACUCAACAGAUUUAUCUCCAUGUAACUCUACUGCAAAUGAGGAUAGAAAAACUGAACUCUAUGGCAGGAUUCUUUCUAUUCUUAGAAAUGGAAUUGUAAUUGGUGAGAAGAAAUUUGAAUUUCUUGCAUUUUCGUCAAGUCAAUUACGGGAAAAUUCUACAUGGAUGUUUGCUCCUAGCAAUGGAAUUACUGCCGUUGACAUAAGAGCAUGGAUGGGAGAUUUUCGCCAGAUAAGAAAUGUAGCAAAAUAUGCAGCUAGACUGGGUCAAUCCUUUGGUUCUUCGACAGAAACUCUUAGUGUUGGUAGGCAUGAAAUUGAAAAAAUUCCUGAUAUAGAGGUUGAGUAUGAUGGAGUGAAAUAUGCUUUCUCUGAUGGGAUUGGAAAAAUAUCUUCCCAAUUUGCUAGGAAAGUGGCCUUAAAAUGUGGCUGUCAUGGGGUCACACCAUCUGCCUUUCAGAUUCGAUAUGGUGGGUACAAAGGUGUUGUGGCUGUUGAUCCAACCUCAUCAUUCAAAUUAUCGCUGAGGACGAGUAUGUGCAAGUAUGAAUCAGAUAAUAUAAAGCUCGAUGUUUUAGCAUGGAGUAAAUUUCGGUCUUGUUUUCUGAAUCGCCAGUUGAUUAAUCUUUUGUCUACCCUUGGAGUGGAGGAUCAAGCUUUCCAGAAAAAGCAAAGGCAAGUGGUACAGCAGCUUGAUGCCAUUCUGAUUGAUCCAUUACGAGCACAGGAUGCUCUGGACUUGAUGCCUCCUGGAGAGAAUACCAACAUCCUAAAGGAGUUGCUUCUAUGCGGUUAUAAGCCUGAUGCUGAGCCAUACCUUUCAAUGAUGCUGCAAACAUUUCGAGCAUCAAAGUUGCUGGAAUUACGGAUGAAGACAAGGAUAUAUAUCCCAAAUGGACGAGCACUGAUGGGAUGUUUAGAUGAAACUGGAACCUUGGAAUAUGGGCAGGUGUUUGUGCAAUUUUCUGCCUCUAGAUAUAAGCAAUUCUUUCAAGAUUCCUCCAUGCUAGGAAGCAGUUGGAAACAGCAGCCUUCUAUUGUUAAGGGAAGGGUAGUUGUUGCAAAAAACCCAUGCUUACAUCCUGGUGAUGUGCGUGUUUUGAAGGCUGUGGAUGUGCCAGCUUUGCACCAUAUGGUGGAUUGUGUAGUAUUUCCCCAGAAAGGACCAAGACCUCAUCCAAAUGAAUGUUCUGGAAGUGAUCUUGAUGGAGAUAUCUACUUUGUUUGCUGGGACUCUGAAUUAAUUCCUCCCACACAAAUCCGACCUAUGGAUUACACCCCAGCUCCAAGUCUGCUCUUAGAUCAUGAUGUCACAAUGGAGGAGGUCCAGGAAUAUUUUGCCAACUACAUUGUCAAUGAUAGCUUGGGAAUUAUUGCCAAUGCUCACACUGUUUUUGCAGAUAAGGAGUACCAAAAAGCCAAGAGCAGCCCUUGUAUAGAGCUUGCCAGAUUGUUUUCAAUAGCUGUUGAUUUUCCAAAAACUGGCAUACCGGCUAUAAUACCACAUCAUCUACAUGUCAAAGAAUAUCCAGAUUUUAUGGAAAAGCUGGAUAAACCUACCUACGAAUCUCAAAAUGUGAUUGGAAAGCUUUACCGUGAGGUGAAGGACAUUGCGCCGCAUACUAGCUCUAUUAAAUCCUUCACUUAUAAAGUUGCAACAGAUUCUUAUGACCAUGACAUGGAAGUUGAUGGUUUCGAGGAUUAUAUCGAUGAUGCUUUCUAUUACAAAGGCAAUUAUGACUACAAGUUGGGAAAUCUGUUAGACUAUUAUGGGAUCAAAACAGAGGCUGAAAUAAUUAGUGGGAAUAUCAUGAGAAUGAAAAAACCUUUUUCAAAGAGACGGGAUUUGGAAGCAAUUAACAUGGCUGUGAGAGGUUUGAGGAAGGAAGCUAGGAACCGGUUCAAUGAGAAGAGAAGUGGUACUGAUUAUGGAGCCGAUGAUGUAUAUGCAAAAGCUUCUGCUUGGUACCAUGUCACGUAUCAUCCUAGUUAUUGGGGUAGUUAUAAUGAGGGCAGGAAUCGUGAACAUUAUCUCAGCUUCGCAUGGUGUGUUUAUGAUAAACUGGUCCGUAUCAAGAGGGACAAGGCAAAUAUAAGAAGACGCCGUCGACAAGGAUCUUUCCUGGAAGACCAUUUCCGUUAUGGUUUGCAUUUGAGGUGAUAAAAAUUAGCUUAAAUAAAUAGUCUUUUGAGCAUGUAAAUUUCUGUUUAGACUCAUCUGGUGUUUAAUGGAAUGGCAGAAUUUGACUAUGAAUGUUCAACCAUAUUAUAUUUUGUAAAUUAAAUUCCUUUUCUUA